CCUAAAAGUGGGACUUAGAGGGAGGAAUUAAAGAGAUGCACAGGAAACUCUUUCCCAACCCAUCCUCCAAAUAUAUUUGAUGGCUGUGUCCUUUGGAUGUUGAGGGUCGAGUGACUGGAGAUAAUCACCGAGUUUGAUUAAGAAGGUUUAGGAAAGAAGUGGCAGCAUUUUAAUCCUGCCCAGUUCAUUUGGAUCCUGGGAAAGCUUUCUAUGGAAGAUCUUUAACCAACCUUUUGGGCUUCUCUCCUGUCCAUGUGUCCCUUCUACAGCUUCCUUAAUUAUUAAUUAAUUAUUAUUUCCUGCUACAAGAAGAGCAUAUGAAAAUGUUCUCUCUCCUGAGACACUGUUGCUCCCAAAUUCCUUUGAAGGUAGCAUAUGUUCAAAGAUUUUCACAGCCAGGAAGGAGUCAUACUAUCUGCUCUUCUAUUCCCUUCAAAUAUGGUCUAUUUGUCUUGCCAAAAUUGAAGCUAAUAAAGCAGACACCAGCUUGUAUGAUCAAGGCACAACAUUUCCAUUGCUCCUUCUGCAAUUUGAAGAAAAAAAAGCCUCCAGAGCCUGAACCCCGUGAACUGGAUCUGUUAAGAUAUGACAUGCCAUCAUUGAAGGACACUCCAAAGCCUGCUCUCUACUUGGGUUUUGCAGGAUUAAUCCCGUUUGUUUCAAUACCAUUGUUCAUGGCUGUGCAGGAGGCCUAUUAUCCAGAACUGGUGUUUGCUCAAAUUGCAUAUGGUGCCUCUAUAGUUUCUUUUCUUGGAGGAAUCAGGUGGGGAUUUGCUCUUCCGGAAGGCAGCCCUGCCAAACCUGAUUGGAUUAAUCUGAGUAACAGUGUUGUUCCUUCUUUACUAGCCUGGUUUGCCUUGCUUUUCAAAGAUGACACCACUCAAGCUGGAAUCAUGGUUAUAAUUGGCUUAGGAAUAGCCCUGCAUUAUGAUCUUGCCCUCCUUCCCACUUAUCCCCGCUGGUUCAAAGCUUUGAGGGCUAUCCUAACUGUAAUAGCUGCAUGUUCACUGAUUGCCACAAUAUGUAUUGUGAACAUUUAUCCAGAGAAGAGUCUAAAUCAAAAUGAAAAUGAAAUUAAAGUAUUGAAAUAAAUAAGACAAAAAAAUACAGUGCCCCUUGAAACAGAGGGCAAUCCCUCAUGCGAUAUUCACAGGACUGUCUUGCAUAAAAUGGGAUUUUUGUUCCAUAAGGAAGGUUACUGUGAGAGAAACUGAGUUCUCUGCUUCUGAAUGUACAGCUGUGGGGAAAAAAGGUAGAAGGUCAAUGUCAAAGGCCUAAGAGGUGCUUUGCACAUUAGAAAAUAGAUGUGAUAUGCUUCUGCUGUAACAGUAAGACUCAUCCACAAUGAUGGCACUUAAUUAUCAGGUUUUAAGUUUUAAUUUACACAGAUCUAUGCAGAAAUAAGCCCUACUGAACAUACUGGUAUUUGUACUACAGAGAGCAUGGUGUUUCAGCCUUAACACUUAAGGAGUAAGAAGCAGUAAAUCUGAAGCAUACUCUGAAGAAAUAGUUAUUUGGACAAUGAAUAUAAUAAGUGCCCUGUUAAAAUUAAAUCCAGCAUUCUCUUUCCAAUGGCAGGCAGGACACGAUACAUCUUUCAAGUUCACAGGUAAUAAACAAUUUAUGCUAUUGGGCAUUCUCAUUUAGUACCAGUGAAUUCUAUAUUAUUUUUGUCUGUCUAGCUAUUGAUAUUUAAUUACAUUCAAUUUCAAAGCCAAUUGUCAAUACUCUUUCUUUUACUGUAAUUAACUUUAGUGGAUUAUUACAAGAACCUGAUACUACAAACACAUUUGGAUGUCACUGAUGAUUCUUUUACGAAAUGUUCUAUAAAGGAAAGAUAUCACA